UGUAGACAAAUUUAACUGCAGGGUAGACCUCUUAGAGAGGGUGAAGUGUUAUUUGGCAUCAAGGAUGUCUUUAGAUAUCCUACUUUAGAGGAUGCUUUGAGACGCUUAGGGACAAAUCCUGUGAUUGCUACUUUAAUUUGUUUUGAGGAUUGGAAGAACCAGGAAUCUACGAAGCGUUUUUCGGUGCUUCUAAAGUUCCUGUUUAUCUUGGGGUUCACGAAGUAGUGAUGCUUGAUUGUAUCAGGAUAGAAGGGAAGACAGUGAUCAGAUGUAAAGCCUCGAAUGGAGAUAUAGCUAACGGAGGUUACGUUUAUGUUUCCCCAGAGGUUAUGUUCAUCGAAGUUGGGGGCGCGAGAAAGAAAGGUGGGGAGUUUAGUUGUCGAAAACACCCACAACAUCUGCUCGUCAGGAGACGGAAUCCCAAAAAACAGAGAACAACAAGUUUAAAGUCGACUUCGGAAGGAGACAGGGAUCAUCUUCUUCUAGGGGUUCUGGUCAGAUUUGUGGGAUGCAGAGAUCUUAUUCUAGUGGUUCUGGUCAGAUUUGUGGGAUGCAGGGAUCUUCUUCUAGUGGUUCUGGUCAGAUUUGUGGGAUGCAGGGAUCUACUUCUACUGAUCUUCUCAGCCAAGUAAAAAACCAGGAAGGAGACUGGACUCCUCAUAGUUCUUCUGUUUCUUCCUAUAGUCGAGAGAGUGCUUCUCAACAAGCGGAGAAUGAUACUGCAAUGGAUCUGAUUGCAAUCUCCCAUAUGGCAAAGAUGUGCAGUCGCACAAAGGAGGCUGAGUUUAGGGAAGCAAUCAGGUUGCAAUUUGAUUCCCAUCAAGCCAUGUACAACCUUGAAACUGUUCUGCAUGGAUUAGCCGAAGACACGCUUAGAAUAGGGGUUUCAGGGAACGGCAAAGACAUGCCUCCCAGUGAGUUACACAGCGAAUCUGCCAUCUACACUGCUGCAGCUCAUUCGUUGAAGCCAAGUUAUUCGGUUUGCCGCAAUGCUGUGAGGCUCGUUCGUUCCAUGCUACCUCUACCGCAUCUUAAAGUUGGAUAUCUAACGGCACCACCAUUGGGCAACUCACUCGCUCCUCACAGUGAUUGGAAACGCACGGAGUUUGAACUCAAUCACGAGAGGCUUCUACAGGUACUGAAACCUGAACCAAGUGAAACGGGGAGAAACAUGUCAGGAAAGUCAGAGGCAUUGAAAGUGAACAUUACAGAGAUCGUAUCAGUGACCCCUUGUGCUGAUCUCACUCUAGUCUACCCCCUGGUGCCGGUCUCUGCAUUCAUACCAUUCAUGGCCCAGUUUUCUUGGUUGCAGAUUCAUGGGAGGCGUUAGAUGCAUGGCUCCAUGCGAUUCGUUUGGUCUACACAAUUUAUGCGGGAGGGAAGAGUGAUGUUUUAGCCGGUAUUCUCACCGCUUAAUGAUUAACUUCACACUUUUUUUCAGACUUAUACAAAGACUUCUUUAUCACACAGUCUUUGUAUAAGCCAGGGUCUUGAUAUUUUGCUGCCAUAAAUUCUCAUUUUGAAACAUUUUUC